UCCAUGGAAUUGAACUGUAGCUCUAUCUGAUUUGGUUUUGGGUUUGGUUAACACAAGAACAGAUGUUAUCACUAUUGUAUCAACUAUCAUUGCUUGGGAAAGAAGACAGACGCUCUAAAACAGCCGGUACAAAGAGUGAAGAGUUUAACAUAUACUUAAACUAUCAACAUUAGUGUUAAUUGUGUAGUUAGUGUUGUGAUAAUAAUUACUUAGCCACUGAUUAAUUUUCAACGAUUUCUAGAAUUGUCUCUGAAACAAGUGAACUGCAUAUACAUUUCGAUAUUUGUUUGUUAAAAUCAAAACAAGAGCCAAACAGGUUGAAUGUUUUAGGGUAGCCCGUGGCCAAUGGUAGGCUAGUUAAAAUGAUAAAUUAUUGUGAUUAAUUCAUUGUUAAAAAUGUUGCCAAAAUGUUUGGACAGUACCUUAAAAUUUAACCAUAUUUUAUUAUGGGUUAUAGCAUUUGCAUGGCGUCUGACUUCUUCUACCCAAACAUGGGUGGUGUUGAAGAACAUGUAUUUAAUCUGUCUCAGUGUCUCUUACAAAGAGGUCAUAAAGUCGUUGUCCUCACUCACGCCUACGGUAAUCGUGUCGGCAUACGUUACAUGACGAAUGGGCUAAAGGUGUACUACCUGCCUAUAAAGACAUUCUACAACCAGUGUGUUCUGCCUACAAUGAUUUGUUCCCUUCCCUUGAUACGCUAUGUUUUCAUCCGGGAAGAAAUCACUCAUGUUCAUGGGCAUUCAGCAUUUUCAGCUUUGGCUCACGAAGCCAUGAUAAUUGGAAGACUUCUAGGACUGAAGACUGUAUUCACAGACCAUUCUUUGUUUGGAUUCGCUGAUACAUCUGCAAUAAUUACAAAUAAAUUUCUAGAAUUAUCUUUAGCUGACUGUGAUCAUUGUGUAUGCGUAUCUCACACUGGCAAAGAAAAUACUGUUCUUCGGGCUAGAGUUAACCAUGAAAAGGUGUCCGUCAUUCCGAAUGCUGUUGAUACAAUAGCUUUCACACCUGACCCUUCCAGGAGGAAAAGGGAUCAAAUUACCAUUGUUAUCGUGAGCCGGUUGGUCUACCGCAAAGGGAUUGACCUGCUUGCUCAAGUGAUGGCUGACAUCUGUGUGAAAUAUGGCAUGGUUCACUUUUUGAUUGGAGGUGAUGGACCCAAGCGUGGUCUCCUGGAGGAAGUCAGGACAACUUUGAACCUCGAAGAUCGAAUUGAGUUUUUAGGGAGCCUGGAACACUCGCAGGUCCGAGACGUGUUGACUCAAGGUCACAUUUUCCUCAAUACCUCGUUAACCGAAGCUUACUGCAUGGCGAUAGUUGAAGCUGCUUCAUGCGGACUUCAAGUAGUGAGUACCAGAGUAGGCGGAAUACCAGAGGUGCUGCCCCCAGAUCUCAUCUACCUCACCGAGCCCACUGUGCCAUCACUAAUGGAAGGAUUAGAACGAGCCCUUAGCGAUCUCCGCCAUGGCAAAAUAGUAGAUCCUUUUGUCUGUCAUACCCGGGUGUCUUCUCUGUACAGCUGGCAAAAUGUGACCUACAGGACAGAAAAGGUUUAUGCCAGUGUUACCAAAGAAUCUUCCAAAAGUAUUGGACAGCAACUCAGAAGUUAUAUGCGAAGCAACGUUCUACCAUUCCUAUUAGUGGUUUCUCUGAUGUACCUGAUUCUUCAAGUAUUGGAGUGGCUAGUGCCAAGACAGGAUAUCGACAUUGCAAGAACAUAUCGUAAGAAGCCACGUAAACUUCAAAUUUAAUCAGUGUCCUUUUAUACACCAUGUAUUUUUUAUUUUUAUGUUCUUUUCAUAUAUUUAUUUUAUUAAAUAUAAAUAAUUUAUUAUGAACAGA